UGUUAUGUUGGUAGCACGUAUUCCUUUUAUCCGUGGUCAACUGAAAUAUUUUUCAUGGUAUUUUGAUAGCUGUUGCUUCUAUUAUCUAUUAUCUAUGCUACUUAAAAAUUACUAUCCAAUAUGGCAUGUCGUGUGUUGUAAUAUUAUUAUUAUUUAUUAUUAUAGUUUAAUAUAAUAAAGCAUAAUUUAAGAAUAUUAAAAGAAAAACGCUGUUCAUUUGUUUUGCCCACUAGGUAAUAAGUACCUACCCUACCUACCCUAUUGUACUACAAAAACACAUUUCAAUGUCAGGAGUCAGUCGUUAUGGUCGGCCUCGGCGUAAAUCAAACAGUUCCUCGAAAAUCCCUAGAAAAUGGAAAAAUUGUCCAAAUAUAGCUACUUUAUCGGUAGCCAAUUCAUUUGUGACAUUUAAAACACCAUUAGAUGAUACAUUUAACAAUAAAAUUGCAGUCAAGAAGAGAUUCAAUCCACAAAUGGUAUUUAGACAUAUGGCUUCAUAUCAGCAAAGUAUUGGUUUAUGGAUUGAUCUCACAAACACUGAACGCUACUACAGUAGGUUUGAAGUAGAAGAUAUGGGAUGUGCUUAUGUAAAAUUGCCUUGUGUUGGUGGUGGAUAUUUUCCUACCCGUGAUGACAUUGAGUUGUUUUUGAAUAUUUGUUAUAAUUUUCUAGCAAACAAUUGUUUGCAAUUCAUAGGUGUUCAUUGCACUCAUGGUUUUAAUCGAACAGGAUUUUUGAUUGUUUGUUAUUUAGUAGAAGUGUUAGAUUUUGAUGUAGCAAGUGCAAUUCAUCAUUUUGCAGCAGCAAGACCUCCUGGUAUCUACAGACAAAAUUAUAUAGAUGAGCUUUACAGACAGUAUUCAAAUAAAGCUCCUACCAUAGCUCCAAACUGUCACUGGAAAAAUUAGUUCUUAUAUUAUAAGGUAUUCAUAUAAUAUUUUUGUAUAAUUCAAUCAUCUACAUUGCUUAGACUAAAAAAUGUGAUUUAUAUCUGAUUUAACAAUUUGAUACCUAUUUCAAUAUUUGUAUCCAUUUUAAUAAUACAAUAUUUCUUUAUUGGUAAAAGUGUAAUAUCAAUGUCGUUGAAUAAAUAUUGUU